AUGGCCUCAAAUUAUGGCAAGAAGUUGGAAUUCGCUUACGUGCCGCCUCAUCUCGAAACAAGAUAUGCGCCGGCAGCACUGAGAAUUAAAGGACUUCUCAACAAAACAAACGAAUCUGGCGGAGCCAAAUACUAUAUUCAAGUUAAAAAAGCGAAGGACGGGGUUUCAGGUUUCACAGCCAACAUUCUCGACGAGAACAGGAAAUCGAUCUUCGCCAAGAGAGCGAUUUCAGGCCAUGACGAGUACGGCAAACCAAUCUACAAAACGAGAAUGAUCUCAGGCCAUGACGAGGAGGAAGCGUUCGAAGAAUUGGCACGUGUACUGGAGUACGACGUAAACAUCAACGAGGCUUACAGCUUUAAGGCCGCCUUCAUGGAAAAAAGGACGGAUACCAAAUGCUACUUUCACGUGCGAGAGGGAGAUGUAGGCUGCACGACAUCUAAAGAGGCAAUCAUCACACUAGUUAAUCUCAGUGGAUCCGAGGUUGAGGCGAGUGCCUUUCUUUCGGAAUGGAUGGGGUGGGCAGUCAGAAAAUUGAAUGGAAAACGUCCAAAAGGGAAAGGGAGUGGAGAGGUUAAUGGAAAGGAGAGUGGUGAGGACGACGAAGGAGAGAGUAAAGAGGAAGGAGGUCAUGAAAAGGCGAAUCAGGGUAAGAAACGGGACAAGUUGUCCUCUGGACAACCCAGCUAG